AUGUUACGGCUUCUCCUGUUAGGGGCUCUCUGCAUCGUCACCUGCCUCGCUGAGGAAGAAGCAAACGUGAAAAACGCUACUGCCGCAGGUAGCUAUGGAACGCACUAUGACUACAGCGAACCUCUCAGCUACGCGCCACCACCUCCAACAUCGAACUAUGGAGCUUACGCCGGCUACCAAUACUUCCGACUACCGCCGCCCCCUCUGGUGGACCGCGACGUGUGUGACUUGGACGCUUCCGUAUUGCUCGUUGCACAUUCAAAACGUCACGGACAUCGUGACCACCACGACCGUCACCUUAACCGUGCGUACAGAGUCAGAUGCUCCGUGAUUGCUAAUUAUGAUGAGGAUUCCUGCAAUGUUUGCUGCCAACAUGCCGCACGGAGGGACAAAAAUCUUCAAAACAAGCAAUUCGUUGGCUUUCUGGCUGUAACCGAUGACUUUGAAGGACAUCGACGAGAGGAUAGGGAUGACAGAGAUGGCAAAGACCAUGAUCGAGACCCAUGUGAUGACAGCAAUGAAGAACGCUGCGAUCGCAGCAGCGGGGAGAAGGCAAGCAAUUCAACUCUAACUUUUAACUACCUAAACAUCCUUUUGAUUUAG